UCUUCAUAUACCAUUGUCUCUUAUUCAUUAUGAGAACUUCAUCGUUGUUGUGUCUGUUAUGGGCUCUUGCUCUUCUAGCUUCCUCUUCUUCUUUGGUUUCUGCUGAUGUUGUGGAAUACACGUGGGAAGUCGCGAACGUGACAGUGACGAGGCUGUGUAAUGAAAGGGUGAUAGCUGCUGUUAAUGGAAGCCUGCCAGGGCCGACCAUUAACGUGCGAGAGGGUGACACUAUUGUCAUCCACGCCGUCAAUAAGUCCCCCUACAAUCUCACUAUUCAUUGGCAUGGAAUAUUUCAAUUCAUGAGCCAAUGGGCAGAUGGUCCUGAAUACGUAACGCAAUGUCCAAUUCUGCCAGGAGGAAAAUACACUUACAGAUUUAAUGUAACACGACAAGAAGGAACUCUGUGGUGGCAUGCCCACUCUUCUUUCUUUCGUGCUUGGGUUUAUGGAGCCCUCAUCAUUCGCCCUCGCUCGGGGAACUCUCACCCAUUCCCUACACCUUACAAAGAAGUCCCCAUAGUAUUGGGUGAGUGGUAUGAUCGUAAUGUCAUGGGUGUUGAGGAAGAAGCAGUAGAAUUUGGUGGUGCCCCAAGAAUAUCCGAUGCUUUCACCGUUAAUGGCUUGCCCGGACCUCUCUACAAUUGCUCUCAAAAUCAGACAUUCCAACUUGACGUCCGCCAUGGAAAGACCUACUUGUUGCGCAUUAUCAAUGCUGCACUCAAUGAGCACCUCUUCUUCAAGAUAGCAAGUCACACCUUCACCGUCGUCGCCGUCGACGCCGCUUAUACGAAUCCCUACCACACCGAUAUCAUCGUGGUGGCGCCGGGCCAAACCGUCGACGCCCUCCUGACCGCCAACCAAACGGUCGGCUCAUAUUUCAUGGCUGCCACUCCUUACCAAACGCUAAACUUCACCUCCAACAACUCAACCACGACGGCCAUUGUCGCUUACGAGGGAUCCACCUCAAAGACACCCCUGAUGCCAACCCUACCUGCCCAUAACGACACACAAACGGCCAAUAACUUCUACCUCAACAUCACAGGGCUAGUUGGUGGCCCCCACUGGGUCCCAGUUCCUGAACAAGUGGACGAACACAUGUUCAUUACCGUAGGGCUCGGCCUCGACUACUGUAAUCUCCCCAAUAACACGUGUUGGGGUCCUAAUAAUAGAACGCGGUUGUCUGCGAGUAUGAACAACGAAUCGUUCGUGCUUCCCGAAGGACGAGGAUUCUCCAUGUUGGAUGCAUUCUACAGAAAUGCCACAGGAGUUUACACCAAAGAUUUUCCAGAUCAGCCUCCUCUGGUGUUCAACUACACUGAUCCAGGCGUUAACGACGUUCAAGCUCUGGCCUUUGCUCCAAAAUCGACCAAGGUGAAGACUUUGAAGUUCAACUCGACGGUGCAGGUUGUGUUUCAGGACACGGCAAUACUGGGAGCCGAGAACCAUCCUAUGCACAUUCAUGGAUUCAAUUUCCAUGUUUUGGCUCAAGGGACUGGGAAUUACAACGCCUCAAGAGAUGAAUCCAAGUUCAAUCUUAAAGAUCCUCAGAUUCGUAACACUGUUGCUGUUCCAUUCGGAGGCUGGUCUGUCAUCAGAUUCCAGGCAGAUAAUCCAGGAAUAUGGUUGGUCCAUUGUCAUAUUGAUAAUCACUUGACUUGGGGGUUAGCCAUGGCUUUUGAGGUUGAGAAUGGACCAACACCUGAAACUACACUUCCUCCUCCUCCAGCUGAUCUUCCUACUCAGUGUUAAGUCCAUCAAUAAUUAUAUAUACACAAAAUCAUUCUAUAUCAAUGCCCAUUUAUAUAUUGGAGUUAAAAUAACAUAAAUGAAUAAAUAUUUGUUUCAAGCUAAGUGUAUUCAUUUGUAUAUGUGUAUUGUGGCCGGGCUCCUCAUUUGAUUUGUUUGUUUGGGAAGAGAGAGUGUAAUAAUGGGCAAACAGUUUAGCCCCUUCUUUCAACCACAUUACCUGACUUGUUCACAACAAUGAAUUGAAAUUAAUUAAUAAUAUCUACUUCGUUUA